ACUUGUGUGCGCCACGUCGAAGCCCAAUGCGCCCCAGUUCGUGUGGUGCUCGUGAUCACCACCAGUUCACUUCACCCCCUCCCCUCUCCGGGAGUCUAGACACCUGUAGCCCUGUAGGCUAGCGCAUUUUUCUGAACCUCGGCGCUUCGCAGCCGAGUGGAGGCGAGGACGAUGGCAGUCGCCGGGCAGUGCUCCUCCUGCUACUAUACGUCACCCACCCUGCAGCUGCAGCUCCAGCUCCACCGACGGCACGGCCACCUGCCGCAGCAGCCCCAAGCCGCACGAAGAGCGCGGUGGCCGAGGUUGCAGGUGGCCGCAGCUGCCGGCGGCGGGUCCAUCAAGGCGGCCACGGACGCCGAGUUCUUCCAGCCUUCCGACACCAGGCCCAUCAUGCUCUUCGACGGCGUCUGCAACCUCUGCAACGGGGGCGUCCGGUUCGUGCGGGAGCACGACCCCAACAGGAGCAUCAGGUACAUACCGCUGCAGAGCGAGUCCGGGAGGAAGCUCCUGCAGAGGUCAGGGAGGUCCCCUGACGACAUCUCCAGUGUUGUUCUCGUCGAGAAAGACAGGUCAUUCAUCAAGUCUGAAGCAGUGCUGAGGAUAAUGGAGUACCUCAACCUGCCCUUCCCGCAGCUCGCCAUCUUCCUCAACUUUAUCCCUCUGUUCUUGAGGGACUUCGCCUACGAUAAUGUCGCAAACAACAGGUACGCCAUGUUUGGCCGCUCCGAAACAGAAGCAUGUGAGAUACUGUAACUGCUGCCCUGAGAUCUCCAUACUUAGCUUAUAUGAUUAGAUAUCAAUAAUUUGCAUACACGAUGUAACAUGAACAUCUAUGGUUGCGUAGUUUUAGUCAUCUAAACACACCAAAAAAAAUUCCUAUAAUCCUUGUAAGUGAUGGAAAUGAAGAGCAUACUAGCUACAAACUCUCUGAAAACUGUAUUGUUGGUAUCACCAUGCCCUCAGUUGUUCCAUGUGCAUUCAGAAUAGUAGCAUUUGUUGGGGUAGUAUGGUUCACCCAAGAAAGGUUAACGUUACUGAGAUAGAUGCCAUGACAAUGAACACUUUGGCUGCAUAAUAAUUUGAUGGCUUCUUGCUC